AUGGUAAAAGAUGCCGAUGAAGGGGAGAUUUUCGAUCAGCCGGAACCCUCCAAUAUCUCCCUGGGGGAGCCCGGCCUGGGGGCCAGAAAUGUUGUGUUCUUUAAUAUUCCUCAAAUCCAGUAUAAGAAUCCUUGGGUUCAGAUCGUGACCUUCAAGAACAUGACCCUGUCUCCAUUCCUGCGGUUUUAUUUAGACAACGGCGAGCAGGUUCUCGUUGACAUGAAGGAAAAGAGCCACACGGAAAUUGUGCAGCAUGUGAAGAAGAUUCUGGGGAAGAGCGAGGAAGUGCUUAAAGCCGAAGAGAAAGCCAAGAUGGUGCUGUCCCACCCGGCCAACUUUGGCCCGAAGAAGUACUACUUGAGGGAAUGCAUGUGCGAGGUGGAGGGUCAGGUGACCUGCCCAGGGCUGGUGCCGCUGCCGAAGGAAAUGACGGGAAAAUAUAAAAGUAAAAAGAAAGCGGAGAGCGCGGUGUGAGCCCCACCCCUCCCCCAAGCUGCUAUGGAUGAGUAUGUCGAAGCCGGACUAUUAUUUAAUGAUCACCCAGCUCCAGAGUGCUCCUUACUCACCAGGACACAUUCUUGUAUAGUUACAUUUGUAUUGUCUGCCUGGAUUGGUUGAAUAUUUUUCUAUACUCCUGUUAAAUUAAAAGUCAUCAGUUCUAAAAAAAA